AUGGUAGCCGUAAUGCAGGGCCGCACCACCUUUGUCAUCGCCCACAGACUCAGCACGGUGCGGGAUGCUGACCAUAUUAUUGUGCUCGACCGCGGCCGGAUCGUGGAGCAGGGUUCCCACGAGCAACUGGAUGCGGUAGGAGGAAUCUACCACGAGAUCCUCGAGUUGCAGCUCCGGCCACAGGAGGAAAUGAUGCUGGACUUGCCCGUACUAUACUACCCGAACCGCAAGCAACCGCGUGGGGCGGGCCUAGGCAAUGCGGCAGGCGGCCAGAGCGCGCGUUCGGCGGAAUGA